CUUCAUUUCCUAACUAUACCCUCGUUCCUCAAGCAAACACAUAGAAACUUUAUUUUUUUGUUCAAAAAUGGCUCUUUUAGCUAUCCUUUUAAUGGGAAUUUCCCUCAUGUUUCAAUCAGCCCAUGGCUAUGGUGGUUGGAUCAAUGCACAUGCCACUUUUUACGGUGGAGGAGAUGCUUCUGGAACUAUGGGUGGUGCUUGUGGUUACGGAAAUUUAUACAGCACGGGAUACGGAACGAACACUGCUGCGUUGAGUACUGCUCUGUUCAACAACGGGUUGAGCUGUGGAGCGUGUUUUCAGCUAAUGUGUGUGAAUGCGGGGCAGUACUGCCUGCCAGGCAUAAUUACGGUAACAGCCACCAAUUUCUGUCCACCAGGAGGAUGGUGUGAUCCUCCACGCCCUCAUUUUGAUCUCUCUCAACCUAUCUUCUUGCGCAUUGCUCAAUAUAGAGCUGGCAUAGUUCCUGUUGCCUAUAGAAGGGUACCCUGCAGAAGAAGCGGAGGAAUUAGAUUUACAAUCAAUGGCCACUCUUACUUCAACUUGGUUCUUGUAACAAAUGUUGGAGGUUCAGGGGAUGUACAUUCAGUAUACAUAAAGGGUUCAAGAACUCAAUGGCAACCAAUGUCAAGAAAUUGGGGCCAAAAUUGGCAGAAUAACGCUUACCUUAACGGCCAAAGCUUGUCCUUUAAGGUCACUACAGGCGAUGGUCGCACUGUUGUUUCAUACAAUGCAGCUCCUAGUUCUUGGUCAUUUGGUCAGACAUUUUCUGGAGGACAAUUCCGUUAAAACGCAACAUAUUCUUUAAGAAAAAAAAAUCAGAAUUUUCAAAGUAUACUACUUGCUAAUAUAUUAUUCUAAGAGUUUUGCCUUAAAUUUGAGGGUUUUACUCACCAAAAUAUUUGGGGAAAAGCGCAGUUUGGCACUUUUUGUCCAUUGUAAAAUUGGUCAUUCAAUUGUGGAAGUAAAAAGAAUUGAUUUGGCCUACUCUUUUUUGGGUGGUUAUUAACGUUUAGGGGGCGGCAGUUGUGAGCUUUUACUGCUCAAUUUAAUAGUAUAAAUAGCAUUUACGGUAUUGUGUGCAUAGAAGAAAAAUAUCUAUUUUUUUUUUUUACUGCAAAAGAGCUAAGCACUAAUUAUGGUGAGUAUGUAUGUACCAAUUGUCUCUAGCUAUUUGUUUGUAAGAAAAUGUUACUAUAAUAAUAAAAGGAAACUCCAAGUUGUACU